AGUCCUCAUCCUUCUGCCGUGAGUGUGCUGGAAGCAGAUUAAGAGGCUGUGCAGACGCCUUUGCAGGCACAUCCUCAGAAUGCAGACGUGACCCCUGUAGCGUAUCGUCGCCGGAGAAAAGAACCCAGAGCAGAACCAGGACGCCAUGGCUGCUGCUCAGGGAUUGUUGACCUUCAGGGACGUGUCAGUAGAUUUCUCUCAAGAGGAGUGGGAGUGCCUGGACCCAGCUCAGCAGAAGUUGUACAGGGAUGUGAUGUUGGAGAACUACAGGAACCUGGUCUCCCUGGGUCUUGUUGUUUCUAAGCCUGUCCUGAUUACCUUUUUGGAGCAAAUGAAGGAGUGCUGGGAUAUGCAGGGAAGAAAGUUAAUAUGCAUCCAUGCAGGUAGAGAGACGUUCUAUGAAUGUAAAGCAUGUGGUAAAUCCUUUAAAUGGAACUCAUGUCUUAUUGAACAUGAGAAAAGAAUUCAUUCUGGCGAGAAACCUUACAAAUGCAGAGAAUGUGGUGAAGACUUUAGCCAGUCCUCAGACCUUACCCAACAUCAGAAAAUCCAUGCUCGAGAAAAGUCUCAUAAAUGUAGAGAAUGUGGCAAAGCCUUUAGCCAGUCCUCAGACCUUACUAAACAUCAGAAAAUUCAUACUGGAGGGAAGCCUUAUAAAUGUAGAAAAUGUGGCAAAGCCUAUAGACAAUUCGCACACCUUACUUAUCAUCAGAUAAUUCAUACUGGAGAAAAGUCUUAUAAAUGUAAAGAAUGUGGUAAAACCUUUAGCAAGUCCUCAAAGCUCACUCGUCAUCAGAAAACUCAUACCCGUGAGAAGCCUUAUAAAUGUAGAGAAUGUGGUAAAGCCUUUAGCAAGUCCUCAAAGCUCACUUGUCAUCAGAAAACUCAUACCCGUGAGAAGCCUUAUAAAUGUAGAGAAUGUGGUAAAGCCUUUAGUCACUCCUCAUCCCUUACUAAACAUCAGAAAAUUCAUACUGGAGAGAAGCCUUAUGGAUGUAGAGAAUGUGGCAAAGCCUUUAGGCAGUCCAUUCACCUUACUGAACACCAGAAAAUUCAUACUGGAGAGAAGCCUUACAAAUGUAGAGAAUGCGGUAAAGCUUUUAGCCGGUCUUCCUACCUUACUCAACAUCAGAAAAUUCAUACUGGAGAGAAACCUUAUGGAUGUAGAGAAUGUGGUAAAGCUUUUAGCCAGUCCUCAUAUCUUACUAAACACCAGAAAAUUCAUACUGGAGAAAAGCCUUAUAAAUGUAGGGAAUGUGGCAAAGCCUAUAGGCAGUUCACACACCUUACUUAUCAUCAGAUAAUUCAUACUGGAGAAAAGUCUUAUAAAUGUAAAGAAUGUGAUAAAGCCUUUAUCCAGUAUUCGUACCUUACUGAACAUCAGAAGAUUCAUUCUGGAGAGAAGCCUUACAAAUGUAGAGAAUGUGAUAAAGCCUUUAGCACGGCCUCAAAGCUUGCUUGUCAUCAGAAAAUUCAUACUAGUGAGAAGCCUUACACAUGUAGAGAAUGUGGUAAAGUCUUUAGUCACUCAUCAUCCCUUACUAACCAUAAGAAAAUUCAUACUGGCGUGAAGCCUUAUAAAUGUACAGAAUGUGGCAAAGCCUUUACGCAGUCCAUUCACCUUACCCAACAUCAGAACCUUCAUACUGGAGAGAAACCUUAUAAAUGUCUAGAAUGUGGUAAAGCUUUUAGCCAGUCCUCAUGCCUUACUCAUCAUCAAAAAAUUCAUACUGGAGAGAAGCCUUAUAAAUGUACAGAAUGUGGUAAAGCCUUUAGCCAGUCUUCAUACCUUGCUCAACAUCAGAAAAUUCAUUCUGGAGAGAAGCCUUAUAAAUGUAGAGAAUGUGGUAUGGCCUUUAGCCGGUCUUCAAACCUUAAUCGACAUCAGAAAAUUCACAUUGGAUAG